AUGAGUUGUUGUUGUCAAUUAUCACAAAGUAUCGAUUUGAAUGCAUUGAAAAGUAGCGUUGGAAAAGUAGCAGAUUAUGAGAAGAAAUUAGGACAAGGUAUUCAAUUAGCAAAUACUUACUUGGGAUCAAAUAAUCUGCCUAAAUUAAGCAGACGUCAACUGCAGUCGAAAUUAAUGCAAGGUGUACAAUCAUAUGGCCAACAGCAGCAACCAAUGCAACAACAACAACAACAACAACAAUCACAACAACAGCAACCGCAACAACAACAGUCACAACAACAGCAACCACGACAACAGUCACAACAACAACAGCAACCACAACAACAACAGUCACAACAACGACAGCAACCACAACAACAACAAUCACAACAACGACAGCAACCACAACAACAACAAUCACAACAACAACAACCACAACAACAACAAUACUACUCAUCCAAUAUGAUGAUGAAGAGACAAAUGGGAGGGAAAAUUAACCACAAUUCACAACAACCAAUGAGCGCAUACUCCCAAUAUUCUAAUUCAUACGGAGGACAGAGUGGAUAUGGGCAACCCAUUGGUCAAUCACAAAUGAUGAAACGUCAACAACAGUCAAAACUAGCACAAGCUUACUAUCCUUCACAACAAGGUCAACAACUACUACAACAAUAUGGAUAUCCACCCAUUCAGCCUCACAUGCAAAUGGGAGGGAUAAAUAUGCAACCUGAACUAUUCCCACAUUUUCAACAACCUCAAUAUUACGAUAACAUAGGAUUUGAUGAAAAUCAACAAGACAGUUAUGAGCCUGUUGAUGGGUCAUAUGUAUAUGAUGACAACGACGAAGAAUCGCUUAUGGACGAUGUUGUGAAACGUGAAUUGAUGUAG